UGGAGGCUAGUGUUGUAUAUAAGGACAAAGCAAUAUCUUAAUGUUCUCUAAUAAUUAAAUAUAAUUCCAUUUUUGUUUCUACGGAAGACUCUUGUGUUGUGCCUUCCUCUAUCUCCCUGUUCGUGCGAAGGAAUGCAUUAGAAUCACAUUUUUGAACUUUGCCUUUUCAAUCUUCAGCAACAGGGCGACUGUGCUUCUGGGUUGCUCUCAAAUUCUCAUCUUUCUUUGAUUUUGAACCGAAUUUGUGUGGAGUUUUGUGCUUUCCAAUUGACUCACUUGACCUUGCUGAAUUCUUACCACUGUGCUGUUGAAGUUGAUGAGCUUACUAGAACUUUGACCAGAUCAGUCGGCCAUCAGGGCAAGACAAGCUUCAGGUAUAGUGAGCAUUCAGACAUGGGUUGCCUUGUGUCGACUCCAAAGGAUUCUGGUGGAAAUAGAAGAAGGCCUGGGAGUAUUGGGGAGGUUUCAGUUUAUGUUCCUGGUCUAAGAAUUCCUAAACCUGUUGAUUUUGCCCAGUCACUUGGUGAUUAUUUGUCCAAGAAUAUAGUUGAGCGUCUAUCAGCCCUUAGAACUCGUAUAGUUGUAAUGGCUGGUCAAGAAGGUCCUACAAUUACGAGGACAAAAAGAAAAAGUGCCACCCAACAUGGAGGUUCAACGUUGUCGGACCUUCAGCGGGCUCUUGAGGACUAUCUGCCUGUUCUUUUGGGGUUGGUUAAAGAUGGAAAUCACCUACAAUAUAGAGUACAAUAUGUUUGGAUUAAUCAGGAGGAUGAAUCAGAGGAAACAGCCAUGUCUAAUGCUUGGUAUGAAGUGUUGUCGGUUUUGCACUUGAUGGCAACACUGUUAUUAUCACAGGCUAAUUUAUUGCUUCUUCCGAGAACAUCUUCUGAUGGUUAUCAGCCAAAAGUAUCAGAAGAAAGCAGACGAGCUUCUGUUGAUAUUUUCUUAAAGGCAGCUGGAUAUCUGGAUUGUGCUGUCAGACAUGUUCUUCCCCAAUUGCCUGCAGAGUUCAGGAGAAACUUACCAGUAGACCUUGCAGAAGGAGUUCUUCGAGCACUCUGUCUACAAGCAUUAGGACAGGGCGUUGAUAUCCAACUUGGAAUGGCAAUUGAUAGUACCAAAGCCACUCUUGCUGUGAAGCGCAGACUUGCAUGUGAGAUGGUGAAGUAUUGGCAGCAGGCUCAAGACAACAUUAUGAAUAUUCCAUUAGCUAAUGGUUGGGGUGAAAAGCAUCGUCUAUUUGUCAAAUGGAAGUAUGUUGAAGCAAAGGCUGCAGCAUAUUAUUAUCAUGGCUUGAUUCUUGAUGAGGGAAAUACAGAGAAGUCUCAUGGGAUGGCUGUAGCUGCUUUACAAGCGGCUGAUGAGUAUUUCAAAGAAAGCAAGAGGCUGUGUGAGACGUUCAAUGCAGCACCUCCGUUAUCAAGAAAUCCACCAGUUUGGGGGACCAUGAAGUAUCUCUCAGAGAAAAUUCCCAAGGAUACUUCGAGCAAGGUUCGAAUAAACCGAGAUCUGUACUCUCAUGAGAGAAUCAUGGAGACAGCACCGACAUUGCCCGAUUUUGCAUUGGCCUUGAAACCAGAUGAAUUUCAACUUCCUCAGGUGGAUCCCUCCUGGAAAGGGGAGAACAUAAAAGCAGGACAAACUGGCCCCAACAAUCUCAAGGGUGACAGUAGAUAAAACCUCGGAAAUUUGCAGAUUUUGAAGAUAUGACAGAGGUUUCCAACUCAAAGGGUAAAAGCGUGAUUUUUCAGUCGUUGUCAAUAGAAAAAUUAGUUUCUUCUUGGCUUCUCUUUUCCCUGGGCCUUUUUCUUCUCUCCUUAAUAUAUGAAAAAUGCCCAAAAAAUAGAGCUUUGAGUGGUGUCUAUAAUGUUAUUGCUCUGGUUCAGGGAAAAGAUGGUUCCUUGCCGAUGCCCAAAUAAUAUUAUUGUUAUUUAUUUCAAAGUAAAGCCAGUCAAAUGCUCAAUUUGGUAAAUCAAAGUUUGUAUGUGAUUGUGUGGAAAUGAAGAUGAAGUUGACAUGAGCAGGAAGGAAUGAUUUCAUUUGCAGAUUCCCAAAACUGAAGAUUUCCCUUCCCCUUCCCUUAUCAUGCCUCUCCAAUUUCCCGCAUAUGCUAUCAUCUCAUGUCUUAUUCCCUUUUCA